AUGAAAAGUGGAAACAUGAAUCACUAUCACGCUUCAACAAGAAAUUUUCACAACGAAAAAGAAAACAAACAAAGCGACGUAAACAAUGCGACAGGAAAAAGUCGUCAAGUAGUGGAAAACUUGAAUCAUCUUUUAAACGGUUCUGUUGUUGAUACAAUCUUGUCCGAUCUAAUUCCUUUCUCGCAUCAAACGAGUUUGGAUGUUUUUUUGCUAAGUAAUAGCGUCUAAAGCUUGGAAAAUUUUCUGUUUUACUUGACAAUUUACACACUAACGCAAUCAAUCUUCCGAAUCAAGCAGCCUCUAGAAAUAAUAAAUCAAUAAAGAGAAAUGGAUUACAAUUAAUCACAGUGAAAUGGAAAUCAAACUCAAAUCAAUAAAAAUCAGC